AAGGAACAGGUGUGAGUCGAUCGACGGAGCGCCAGGGACAGUUCCGCAUAGAUCGACCGAGGCCGUCCAGUCGCGGCGCCAAGAAGAGAGGGCCAUCCAACGCACCAUGCUCGUGUACUUGAUCUUGAGUGUGUUGAUUGCGCUCCUUCUCGGGCUGAUCCUGUACUUGUCGUGCUUUGUCCCUUACCGCCACAGCUUACUCACCUCCCGAGACCUGACCGUGUUCCAAGAGCCCGAUGCCGACGUAUUCCGCGAAAACUUGUCUGACAGGUAUCUCGCACCACGUCGAGUUGAUAUCCUCAAUCUAUGUGGACUCGUUGACGUCGUUGCGGUCCGGUUCUAGCUUUAUGGAGCAGCAGCUAUGGAAGUGCAGCGUCUGCUCGUUCUCGAAUGUCCCUGACAAAACCAAUUGCGACCUUUGCCAGACCACGCGCGAGGCGAAGAAGUCUAAAAUUCCAAGCUUAUGGCGGCCACUGUUUCAGGCGGCCGCCAAGACAGACCAAGCGUCGGCCAAACUUCGCGGACGAACCAAAUCUGAAGAGCAGCAGCUGAACAAAGUACAGCUCGCCGCCGCCCGCCGCAAUCUCUGGAGGCGUGAAGCCCUGCCCACGGGCGAAGUGCGAUGGGUUCGCUUACCAGGGCGUCCACACACCCAAGACAACCACACAGCUAUAUUGGGCGACGACUCGUCGUCACCAUCGCCCGACAUGUGCUCUUCCCGCGGCUCGAGCUGCAUGUCCGUGGGCUAUGUUCGCGUCCGCGACUCGACUGGCCGACUCGUGCUGAAUGAAUCAGAUCAAGUGGGGGGUGCCCAUCGGCUCGCGCCGCGAAGAUUUGGACUGGCGUCGGCGGCGCUCGUGGUUGAAGUGUCCAAGAUGCCAUUUCUCAACAAACUCAAGUGGUACUCGAUGGAAAUCCAUCGGUUGUGGGUGCCGUGGGAGCUCGGGCACGUCGAAUUUGUGGUGCGCCGAGACCAUCUUGUUGAAGACUCGUUGCUCCACGUCAUGCGUCUCAGCCCCGAGCAACUGCGGCAACGAUGGCGUGUUUCGUUUAUGGGCGAGCCCGCCCUGGACGCUGGGGGCGUGCUGCGGGAAUGGAUCUCGCUCCUCGUUGUCGAAUUGUUCGACCCAUCGUUUGGGCUGUUUGUCUCAACCGCAAGCUCCAACCACUGCGCGUGGGUGAAUUCCAUGUCCGGGGCCCAUCAAGUGCGUCAUUUAGAGUAUUUUUCCUUGAUCGGACGGGUCGUCGGGAAGGCGCUGUUUGAAGAGCAGCUCGUGCCUGUCCACUUCACUGUGCCAUUGCUCAAGCAUGUGUUGGGCGUCCCGAUCUCGUUCUCGGACCUGCAAUUCCUCGACGACGAGCUGUACCAGAGUUUGGUCUGGCUCAAGCAGUGCUCCAACCCGGACGAUGUCGACGCGCUCAUGUUGGAUUUUUCAGUGACACGGACAACGCAACGCCAAGAUGGGAAGCCCAUCACGACAGAAACUGUGCCGCUUGCGCCGGGUGGCGAAAGCAUCGCCGUCACGGUGGUCAACAAGGCCGCCUACCUCGACUUGCUCUUUCAGUACCACAUCCUCGACAGCGUGUCGUAUCAAUUGCUCAUGUUCCUGGCGGCAAUCUAUUCGGUCGUCCCGGAAGAACUGCUCAAAGUGUUCGACUACAAAGAGUUGGAACUGCUCCUGUGCGGUACGACAUUUGGUCUUCUCGGCGGCUGACCCACUGACGUGCCGACUGCCAAGGCGUGCCAACCGUCGACGUGGACGACUGGAAACGCCAUGCUCAAGUCGCGUACUUGGUCGAGAACACCCCGACUCGAUUGGAGCUGCAAAACGUUUCGUGGUUUUGGGCUGUCUUGGACACGUUUACAAAUGAACAGCGCGCAAAGUUACUGCAGUUUGUCACAGGCAGCAGUCGAGUGCCUGCCCAAGGCUUUAAGGUUCGUGGCACGUCGAUGGCGGCCGCGAUUCGUGACCAUGUUGAGUGUAGGCACUCAUCAGCACCGACGGCCGCGUCCAACCGUUCAAGCUGUCGUUUUGCCCGAUGGAGCACUUGUACCCGCGUGCCCACACGUGCUUCAACCGCCUCGACUUGCCCCUCUACGAAUCCAAGAGCGAGAUGCACACAUAUUUAAUCGCUGUCUUGUCGCAGGACGCGACGGGCUUCUCCAUGGAGUAGGACGACGUGUAGUUCCCUGGAAUACAUCCCAUCGCGGCCAUUCCUUCACCUUCUUGGUCCUUCCCAUCUACCUCCUGGCGAGGUCCGCGUGCUCUGCGGGCUUUGCGCGGCAGGCGUUCCAUGCAGCAACGCCACAGUGCGAACCGC